AUCAUUUCUUUUUUUCACCAAUUUGCUUACCGUCUGCAACUUCGUAGCUAUCACCAGGCGGUGUGGGAUAUCACUAGGAUGACCCCUGGGGGGAUCGCGUGCAAAAAGAUAAAAAUAUCACUACCCGCCUCCUCCCCCCCCCCCCCCCCCCCCCCCCUGCCAGGGAGUCGCCGAUUUUCCUGUCGGCGUUACCCCGGUACCGGACCCACUGGGAGUCAGGAUGGAGACUUUGGGCUGGAGCCACGUGGAAGGGAGUCCCAACAUUUCUCCGUCCCGCCUGUCCCCAGCUGUGUCAGAUAGCACCAACGUCUUCAGCCGUGGCUCACGCCGCAGGGACGUCGGCGCCCUCCGGGCCGCCGGACAAGUCAAGGCAGGGACGGUUUUCCACAGGCAGCUUGGACUUUUCCGGUUGUCCGCCCUCACGAGGCGAUGGCCACGGGAUGGACAAGGUGGUGCGCCGAUCCAACCGGUUCUCGUUGCGGCUCUUCAAGCGCGUCUCGUCCCUAGACUCGCGGUCCACGGUUUGCCUGUGCCCAUUCGCCGUGUUCCACGCGCUGCUCAUGACCUACGCGUCUGCCCAGGGCAACACCAAGCUCCAGAUGGCCAAGGCCUUCAAGGUGAACAAGAAGUACGACCUGCAUAGCGGGUUCCAGGCGCUGCUCCACGUCCUGCAUCGGGAAAAGCCGGAGGUGCGGCAAGAGCUGGCCUGCCACGUGUUCGUGGAGCGCAGCUUCCCGUUGGCACCGGCCUUAAGGUCGGUGCUGACCGACAAGCACCUGGCCGAGGUGCACCUAGUCGAGAUGAGCAACGCGCCCGAGCAAGUGCGCAGCAUCGUCAACAGCACCGUCGAGAGGACGACGGUCGGCAACAUCUGCCAGCUCCUGGUCUCCGGCGUCGCCGACCAGGACUCCAAGAUUCUCUUCUUCAACUCGCUCACGUACAAGGCGAACUGGGAGAAGCCGUUCCCCAGCCGCAAGGCCGUCACCGAGAAGCAUCCUUUCAAGCUGAUGGGCGGCGCCGACAGCACGGCAGAACUGGUGUGCAUCUCGGGCUUCUACCGGCACCACCGGGACGCGGACAUGAAUCUGCUCGUCGUCGAGGUGCCCUUCAAGUCCGGCCAGUUGAGCAUGGUCCUCUUCCUGGGUGACAACCCCUGCAGCCUCAAGCGCUUCCACAAGCACCUGACCGUCGAGCUCUACGAGAAGCUCAUCGGCCAGCUGAGUUACGACGAGAACAUCACGGUGAACGUGCCCAUGCUGAAGCUGGAGGAGACGGUGCAGCCCUCCUACACGCUCCAGCACAUGGGUUUCGUGGACCUGUUCGACGAGCACGCGGACUUGGGGGGCACCGGCAAGGGCCUUUUCGUCUCGGACAUCAUGCAGAAGGUGACGCUGACCAUAGAUACCACGGGGAUGUCUGCUUCGGCCGCAGUCUCGGUGGCGCUCACGGACUACUACACCGAGGAACUGCCCAAGGCGUACCGGGACGUGCCCAGCACAAGGCCCUUCAUCUACGUCAUCAAGAACCAGGAGACGGGAGUCAUCCUCUUCAUGGGUGCGGUCCAGGACCUGUGACCAGGAGCCGCGCUCUCAUGAAGUCCGAGACAUUUUGACCAGCCAUGCCAAGUGUUUUUUUUUUUUUUUAAUUAGUUAUGAAGAGUUUCUUUGACUUGACAGCAUUGGAGCGUUUUUGCAAACAAGCAACGGGGUUGGUCGAAACAGCACGUCUGUAGUUCUGGGACAGGUGGCCUUUUUUGCUGAUGCCGACCCGUCCAUAACGAAUACCACGCCCGACUGUUUUAUGCACGAAUUGCUCUGGUAAUUAUGAUGGUGGAAAGGGGGAGAGAGGGGGGGGAGGCCUAGAACAUGCAUUAUUAUUAAAAUGCAAAGUCCAGCCUUUGGUGGGAGACCAGGUGACGGCGCCCUCCGUUGCGGGACCUCUGAAGCGUGCCCUGUAACACGUGGUACGCCUACUCUCAUUUUUAUACUUGCAAUAUACCUUACGGCGUUCUGACAACGCUGUGACGUGCAUAGAUUGUUGUACGAAUAUCAAUUCACACUUCCGGACGUUUCUGCGCGUCUACUUCACCACGAUGCGCACUGAUCUUUGAGCACCAAUCACUGAUCUUCAUUGAUUUAGUUCAGCCAGUGAGAGGGUAAUCUGUAUCAUCAGUGAUAGAACAGUCUCGUUAGCAGUAAAGACGUCAGCUCUU